AUGGACGAGCCCAUCCAGAAGAGACGCCUCCUGCGCAUGACCGUAGCGCACUACCGCCAACCCGACGUCAGUGAAGAGGACUUCCAUCGCUGGGUGACUGGGCAACACGCCGCGUACGCAGCCAAGCUCCAUGCCAAGAAUGGGAUCGAGGGGUUUUCGAUCUAUUUCGCUCCGAAGUCCUUCCGGGACAUGACGGCGCAGUUGAACGCCCAACGCGGUAGCCCAUGGGUGGUCCGCGACUACGACGCCCAGGUGGAGUUUUACUUCCGCGACAUGGAGACCUUCUACAGGGGGGCAUCGGACCCGGAGUUCCAGGUGCUUCAGGCAGAGGAAGAGGGGUUUAUUAGUAGGAUUCAUGCCGAGAUCAGUGUUGGGUGGGUGGAGACCUACGUGAGUGAUGGGAAGGUCGUGAAUAUCGGUGAUGAUGGGAAACCUGAAUAUCCGGCUUUUGCGCAGCUUAGUGUAGCGCCCUAG